AUGACUGCCGAAGAGGACGAAGACACUGUCAUGGGAGAGGCGGUUACUCAUAACCCUAACCCUGCUCCCUCGCAGCAUCUUACUCAUGAUGGCGCUGGCCAUAGCAAUGGAAGAUCGGAUCCGUGGCUCGUACCACCUCUCCUAGGGCCAUCUCUCAAGUUGCCUGUCCAGUCAGCUGCUAGCGUGCGAAACCCUCAGCCAGCUGUUGCCGCAGACAACCACACAAUGUCACCACCCAAGAGUCUACCAAAGCCAGCUGAUUCUGGUGACGCCACUGCAGAAGAUUUUGUCCAGCUUAAUGAUAGUCUCGUUGAGGAAAACUCUGACUGGUCUGAGGGGGAAGAUGCCGUUGCCAUUAGAGGUCUUCCCAUUGCUCAACUCCCUUCCGGUCUGUGCUAUGACGUUCAGAUGCGCUACCAUUGUGAAGUGCGCCCAACGGCAGAUGUUCACCCAGAGGACCCGAGGAGAAUCUAUUAUAUUUACAAGGAGCUAUGCCGAGCUGGGCUCGUUGACGACCCAGAGUCAUCCAGACCGCUUGUCUCACGACCUUUGAAACGGAUUAGUGUCCGCAAUGCUACUGAGGAAGAAAUAUCUCUUGUUCACACACCGGAUCAUUUUGCAUUUGUUGAAAGUACAAAAGAUAUGACCGAUGAUGAGCUUAUUGCUCUUGAACAUACUCGUGAUUCGAUAUACUUCAAUAAGUUGACCUUCGCAUCUUCAUUAUUGUCCGUCGGAGGCGCAAUUGAAACAUGCUUAGCUGUUGCCACACGGAAAGUGAAGAACGCUAUAGCAGUUAUCCGGCCACCAGGGCACCAUGCUGAACAUGACAAAACUAUGGGGUUCUGUCUGUUCAACAACGUAUCCGUAGCAGCUCGUGUAUGCCAGAGACAGUUAGGAGAAAUAUGCAGAAAGAUCCUCAUUCUUGAUUGGGACGUUCAUCAUGGCAAUGGUAUCCAGAAGGCAUUCUACGAUGACCCUAACGUCUUAUAUAUCUCACUCCAUGUGCAUCAGGAUGGGAAAUUCUACCCUGGAGGGGAUGAAGGCGACUGGGACCACUGCGGUGCUGGUGCUGGCUAUGGGCGAAACGUCAACAUACCUUGGCCGAGCCAGGGAAUGGGCGAUGGCGACUACAUGUAUGCCUUUCAACAAGUCGUGAUGCCCAUUGCACAGGAAUUCAAUCCCGAUUUGGUAAUAGUCGCCUCUGGCUUUGACGCCGCUGUGGGUGACGAGCUUGGAGGUUGUUUUGUCACACCUACCUGCUACGCUCACAUGACACACAUGCUUAUGACCCUUGCAAAUGGAAAGGUUGCUGUUUGUCUAGAGGGCGGUUACAAUUUCAGAUCAAUCUCAAAGUCUGCACUCGCAGUCACGAAGACCCUUAUGGGGGACCCGCCUGACCGGCUUCAUUCAACCUUCCCUUCAAAACUGGCAACGACUACCGUGAGACGAGUCAUGAUGAUCCAGUCACAAUUCUGGAAUUGCAUGUAUCCGAAAGCGCCGCAGGAGGAGGGGCUCUGGACAGAUAGGCUACAUGAUGUUAUUCGUGCUUACCAGUCUAAACGACUAUACGAGAACUACAAGCUAACCUCACUUUACAUUUACCGAACUGCCAUCUCCAAGUCUUUCGAGAAUCAAGUUCUGGCCACGCCGAAUUAUUAUCAACGCAAUCCACUCCUGGUGAUAUUCCAUGAUCCACCGGAAAUCAUGGGAUUGCCUCACCCUGUUACGAACAAGUUGGAAGCCCACAACUGCUGGCUUGCUGAUUCCAUGAAGGACUAUAUCGGAUGGGCCGUUGGAAAAGGGUAUGCUGUGAUAGAUGUCAAUAUCCCAAAGCAUGUGACAAUUGAACCCUCCGGGAAAUAUGAAGACGAGGAAGAGAACCGUCCCACAGCGACCGAGGAACUGGCUGCAUACCUCUGGGACAACUACAUUGAACCCAACGAGGCCACGGAAAUCUUCUUUCUUGGGAUUGGCAAUGCAUUCUACGGAGUCGCCAAUCUUCUGAUCAAUAGAGAUACGUUGUAUAAACGAGUGAAUGGCGUUGUAUCAUUCGUUGCCGAAAACCCAGUUCGAGCGAUUGCCUCUCAUACUCAGGUUUGGCUAUCAAGAUGGUAUAAAGAUAAUUCUCUUGUGUUCGUUUCGCACACCCAUGGCGUUUGGAACACCGUUGAAAACCGGCGCAAACCAUCGAAGCGCUACGGGCAUUUGAUCCAAUCUAACAAGUCAGGAUUGAGUGAGAUGCUGAUGUAUCACAAAGAGGAGGUGUUCCAGUGGAUCGAGGAUCGAGCCGACCCACACGAGAGUGAGGAGACGGAGGAGGAAAAACAGCCAAGUCGGUCUCCAACGAAGCCUGAGGAAGCUUUUGCCAAACCGACCUGA